AUGGGCAAGGCACCAAACAAGAAAUUCACCACGAAGCAUGACCCCACGAGCAACACUGUUGCUGCAGACAAACACCUCAACAGCGUAUUCAAGUUCAAUACCAACUUAGGUCAGCAUAUUCUCAAGAACCCCCAGAUUGCUCAAGGAAUCGUUGAUAAAGCCCAGAUCAAGCCCAGUGACAUUGUAUUGGAGGUUGGUCCAGGUACCGGUAACUUGACUGUGCGGAUAUUAGAACAGGCGCGCAAGGUUAUUGCUGUAGAAAUGGAUCCAAGAAUGGGUGCAGAAUUGACCAAAAGAGUCCAUGGAACACCCCAGGAAAAGAAAUUGGAGAUUAUGUUGGGCGAUUUCAUGAAGACUGAUUUACCCUAUUUUGAUGUAUGCAUAUCUAAUACCCCAUACCAGAUAUCGUCACCGCUCGUGUUCAAAUUACUCAACCAACCACGCCCACCGCGCGUAUCUAUUCUCAUGUUUCAACGAGAGUUUGCAAUGAGAUUAGUCGCUAGACCUGGUGAUGAGCUAUAUUGUCGAUUGUCAGCCAAUGUCCAAAUGUGGGCGAACGUGACGCAUAUUAUGAAGGUUGGUAAAAACAAUUUCCGACCUCCUCCCCAAGUCGAGUCGAGUGUAGUAAGGAUAGAAGUCAAGAAUCCAAGGCCGAAUAUAGAUUUUAAUGAAUGGGACGGACUUUUGAGGAUUGUUUUUGUUAGAAAGAACAAGACUAUAGCUGCUGGAUUCAAGUCGCUGAAUGUGGUUGACAUUUUAGAAAAGAAUUACAAGACCUGGUUAGCCACACAAGAAAACAAUGGAGACGCAAUGGUUGUUGAUAAUAGAUCCGAUUUAAAGCCAUUGAUAAAGGAGAAAAUUACAAAAGUGUUGGCGGAAACGGGUUUCGCAGAGCAAAGAGCUGGUAAAUUGGAUCAAACUGAUUUCUUGAAAUUGUUGUAUGCAUUCCAUCAAGUGGGAAUUCACUUUGCCUAA